GUAAGGAUGGAUACAUAUUUUCGUCAACGGCUGCAGAGACGUUUCUAUUAUGGAGACAUGUCUAACUUGGAUGUGCCCUCACUUCCAUUGACUGAGUUGGCUGUGGAUUACUUCCAUGACAGCGUGCCUGAGAAACUGGGCCAUGUGGACAUGUUCUCUGCCUCAAAUGUUAUCAGACGUAACCACGUGUCGCCCUGUUCAGUGGUGCUUUCCAUGCUCUAUGCCAAGCGACUGCGACAGCAAAGGCAGCAACAGAAAGAGCUGCGUCGGACAAUGUCUUCUGCCGAUGUUUUCUUUAUUUCCAUGAUGAUGGCUAGCAAAUACAUGUAUGAUGAGGGAGUCGAUGAGGAAGUCUUCAAUGAUGAGUGGGCAGACAACACAGACCAGGAUGUCGAUGAAGUCAAUGAAAUGGAAGCAGAUUUUCUUCAGGCCAUGGACUGGAAACUGUUUGUUCAACCGCGGGAAUUUGAGGACACACUGGCUGCCAUAGAGAGAAGGCUUGCUCUUCAAGAGGGCUGCAAGAGAGGCUGGUUCACUUACACCGAAUUGGAUGUGUUGAUGAGUUCGGAUCUCCUGUGGGCUUUGUGGGAGAAUAUUGGAUCUGAGUGCUCAAAGUUACUGACUGCCAUCUCUGCUGCUUAUGUGACCAGUGUACUCAGCAUGUUAGGAUCUACAGCUCUAGCGAUUCACAUUUCAGGACAGUUGUCUUCCAUCACUUUGGCCGUCUUCACACUACAUUCUUCAGCAUUAACAUCCACAGUCUACCCACAACUGGCGAAUGUCUCACAUGUGAUGUGGAUGUCUCCAUCUGUCAGUCCUCCAGAGGAUAACCAUGCACUAGCAAACAGAUCCCUGAGCUGGGAUGUUAAUGAGCACACGGAGGAGGAUAGUGACUUAGAUUCUCUUUACAAAGAUGAUCCCGAAGUAGAUGAUCCUGGAAAUGGCUCAGGAGAACCUCAAGAUGAUAUGUAUAGACAACAUGGUUCACCUGCAUCUGCCAGGUCUUCUUUGUGGAUUCUGCUGUCACAGGUAUGGGCUGCUAUCUGCAUCAGGAUCAAACAUACCUACUACAUGGAGACACCUGGUGAUGGUAGUCAUGAUGUGGAUGCAGGAUUCACUCAUGUGCAGAUUCUUCAGCAGAUGAAUGACAAGCAAGAACAUUUUAAUCAGGCCAGCAAAAGAAGAACUCGAUUGCCCAGUACUGCAUCCCAUAAGGCUGACACAGACAUCAAGCUUCUGGUGACUCCACCAGCAUUGGCCUCAGGACAUAGCCCAUCACACUGCUGUGUAUGCUCCUGUGACUGCACCCAGGUGACCUCAGCUCCAGUUGACCGCAGUGCCCAGGACCGACUUCAGUGUCAGUUUGUUGAUGGGCCAGAUUGUCCUCACAGGCUAGACUCAAGUGUAUUUCAGGUCACUGGCCAGGGUGAGGAUCAUUGUAGCUGCCAUGGUUGCACAAGAGCUAAGGCUGACAACAGGAGACACACUAGCCAAUCGCUGUGUUUACAAGCACUGACGGAUGCUUCUGCUGACUGCCAGUUUCAAGCAGAGCAUCAAAGCAGUCUGUUGGCAGUUCCUGUAGGGUUUAUCACAAGUGUCUACCAGUCUCUGAUGGUCACCUGA